UCUCUGUUUCUAUAAAAAUCUCUGUAAUCUCUCUCUUUAGUUACAUAUAGGACCUCUUAAACACAAUGCUUCACAAGCUUUGAGGGUCACACUGUGCAUGCUCUGCUUCUGUAUUGGCAUUUGUUUCCUCUCUCUCUCUCUCUCUCUGAUUACCGGGUAAUGAAAAUGGCCGGGUGGCCUCUUUUGGGGUGAACGCUGAGUAUUCCUGCAGCAAUGAAGGUCUUCGUUUCAUCAUCUAAUGGGGUUUCUUUAUUUUUGGUCUCUGUACUCGUAUUGCUUUCGGUGAGCUCGAUUUCAGCCUUAUCUUCAAGUGGGUCGAUCAGGCAUCCCGUCAAGUUUAUCUUAGGAGAAGAGAAUUUGGGUCCAUGGAAGAAUGAAGUCGCACAAGCGGCACUAGCACCAGUGCCAGAAUCACAUUCACCUGAGGAUACUCUUAUAUUGGCGGCAAACAGAACGAAAAGGCCUGAUAUUCUUCGAGGUUUCCGACGUUAUCGCGAUGGUUGGGACAUUUCUAAUAACCAUUAUUGGGCAAUCCGAAAUGGUUUUUUGUAA